UUGGUUUAUAUUAUAUAACGAUAACAAGUCAAAAAGAUGGGAAAGAAGCUGAUUCUGAAGGCAGCAAUCUUGAGCGCACGAGAGAAGUCUUCACAGCAGACUAAUUCUUUACAACAAUUAUCGAGCUGACAGCGCCGAUACGAUUUAAGGACGCACAACAGCACGACAAAAAACAACUUGAUCUCAUAUAUACAAGCACAACAACACAACAUUAAUAGUUUUAGUUCUGUACUAAUAGCAUAGUUGUACAUGCACACGACACGGUGGGAAAGCGGCGAGAUGUUGUAUGGAAGAGCAGAGAUUGAACAGCAACCAGAACCCAUUGGAUGAUCUUUCAUCGUCCGCUAUAGACAUGGAGGCUGCAGCACUGCCACUGCCUCGCUUGGCGAGAUGAAGCAUGGAUGAAAGAAAUAGCUAAGGCAGGACCAUGUGAUCCGGACCUAGAGCUAGAAGACGCCAGCUGCAGUGCGAUGGCAGAGCAAAAGAAAGAGGAUCAAAAAGGAGAGUCACGUAUUUACUUGCGAUUGAUAGGUUUAUUUUACUUUUAGUUUCUUGCGCUAUCGCUGAGUGAGCGUGUUGACAAGAAAGACACAAGCACUAAGUUGAAGUUCGGGAAAUAUAUGCCUGUCUGACCACUGAAUUUUUUUUGCGAAUGAGAACGAGCUGAGCAUGCUCCACGUCGUGCUGUCGACAUUUAGAUUUAUGUAUGAAAAAGAUGAUAGAAAAGCAAACAGCGCAGCAUCAAACUGCAUCAUACAUCCUACCUUUAUUUGCACAGGUCGGUCCGGACGAGAGUGUAUACUUGAGAUGGGUGAUAGUCCUGUGCUGCAUGGUGCCACUCCUGUUUCAUCCGAUUUAUCUACUCAAGAGCCAGGAAUUGUGGACGCGAAUACGGAACAAGAUACGCGACAGAAUCGCGGCCGGGACAGGAACACGAAGAAAAUCCGUACACAAUCAUUUUUGAGCAAAAAACACACUAGCAUGAGUUGGCUGCUCUUGACGGAUUUUUUUGCCAACUUCAUUACAGUUUGACUUAGAUACGAAUUCACUCAGAUCGAUGAAACGGAAACAGGUUGUGAUAUUAUGUACAUCGAUCAGCUUGUUUCUUAUGUGUAUAGAUAAAUCAGUGCCAAAUCCAAUUACAGCAUGCUCCAGUCCUUCGGACGGGCAAGACCAAGAGCUGGAAGAUGGAGAGCCGCGCGGUCAGACCCAGCUCGACAACCUGUCGAUAUCUCCACCGUCGAGCUGUCUCGUAGCGAUGCACGGCUCCACCGCCCUUGUAGAUCGCUUGGGCCGCGGCACCACCACCACCGGCAGACCAAUCUCACAACGCAGCUCUUCUUCCACAUCUCGACGAUCGUUGUCGGAAGUGCAGCGCCUGCGUGUCACGAACGUACUGCUGGAACAGGAAGUAAAAACAGAGAAGCAGGAUGUAUCCCCGACAAAAUCCCAUGGCUUGUGUAAAGAGCAUGCUGAUGUACUACUACUAGCCACAGCAGCAGCUGCAACUUCGGGCAAAAUGCGCAUCGACUUUUUUGUAUUCGUUGAGCUAGACCUAAAACCAGGUCAGAGGGACCACGUCCCGGGCUUGCCCAAGCGACGACUACGAUGUGCAUGAUCGCGGCACCAGAAACUGCCCAGCUGGCGCACUGCAUAAGUGUGUUGACGAAUCCUUCUGACAUCAUCUUCCCAACGAGAAGGAGCACCACAAUAGUCGUCACUUUUUUGAUCAUGUGCACUGUACUUAUAGUACAGACUUGCAGUAUAAGAGAUACAUCAAAAGAAAAACCGCUCGAGCCUCUUCACACUUUUUGGUUGCAUACAACGCGCAGCUCCGAGACAGCAUGCUCGAGAUCCUGUUCGAUAAGCUCGACGAAUUCCAUAAAGAGAAUGCCAUGUAUUUUUUUGUUGAUAGAGCUUUUGACUUCAUUAGCGUGACCGCCUGGCUCAGGAAUAUGAAUAUCAGUACGCACAUGUAGAUUGAUACGCAACUACUAACUCGCUUCGCCGCGUAUUGUAUGCUUUCGCUAAUAUUAGGCUGCAUGCCGUGAUGUUAUGACCCGCAUCAGGGGCGCGACAGUAUAUGUUAAUGUUUCCGACAAAACGACAACGAGGACAAGGUGACCAAAAGGCGUGUGAAUUUGAAGAAUGUUGUGUCUGAGUGCCUAUACUCAUAAUCACAAACACGCAGGUUACACGAUCGAGUCAACCAAAAGCUGGAUGCUGUGAUGCACGAAGUCACAAGGAUCAAGCAAGAGGCAGCGUCGAGCGGUGCGAGGACACGCGGCGCGACGAGAAGCGAAGCAGAGACCUCCUCAGCUACGGACCACGCCAGCGGUACGCAGAUGCCGCUCGAGCAGUGGCAAAAACAGCAUGAGGAGAGCUCUUUGGCUGCUUUCGCCGCAGCCAGAGAGCAGAAUGCCGAGCAGCGCACGGUGUUCGGUGCAAUUUACCAGAUGUGGUACGAGACGCAGAUGAUUCCCGACGCGCUGGGCGGCAGCUGGAUCGGCGGUUCCAAGCUGAGGAGCACGGCGGUCCUGGCGCUCCCUGACAGGGAUCGAAGCCUCGACCCCUGUGCCAGUGGGGCGGGCAGCAAGGCGGCAGAGAGCGACACCACGGCGCCCGCGACGUCCGGCGCCAGCAGCAAAAGCACCCUCCCGCCACCACCAGCCACCAAGUGCGCAGACGAGGGAGCCCAGUCGUCCGGCGAUUUGCCGUCCACCCCCUCCGCGCCCGCGACGCCCACGACGGCCGGAUGCGGGAGUAAGUCCCUUCUUGCGACGUCGCCCCCUGCUGAUGAACUCGGUCACGCAGCGCCUGGAGCUACAGCGUAUCUGAUGCAAAUUCGCCUGGGCCCGGAACGAAUGAGUAGUAUAAAUUUGUGAUGCUGGUUGAGAAAGGCGCCAACACAGCCUCUUGGGAUUUUGCAGUGUUGUGAUGUGUUCUGCAUGACAAAGCGAGCUUCUGCAUGACAGAACAGCGGCGGAGCUUUUUUGUAAUGUGCACGACAGACUCGAGAGUCAAGCUUGCCAUGCAUGACAGACCUUGCAUGUUCCCAGACCCAGACCCACUUGCAAUGCAUAAAACCAGUGCGAUCUUCGCCACGUCGACCUCAGCGUCCUCUACGUCGUCGUCUCGCGGAGUGGCCAUCUUACCCGCCUCUACCGCGCCACCGAGCAGUCCUACCUCGAGUGGAGGUCCGGCGAGAUCGGCAUCUGCGCCGUGUUCACAAAAUGCGUCAGGAAGCAGCUGCACCGCACCACCAGUUCGGUUUUCUCAUCCCGGACCCAAGAGCCAGCUUGACAGUACAGCCACGGGGACUCGUCAUGGUGCUCGAUCAUUUGCUUCCAAGCUGCAAGAGCAAACAGUAAUUACAACAAGGAAGACCACUGGCGAAGCAGGUAAGUGCAAAAUGCUUGGGCACUUAGUGGGCCGAUUUAUUAGAUAGAAGGCUGUAGCGUCUACACAGAGGACGAGAUGGCUGGGGCCAUGAAGCCUCCAUGAAGGAAGAGGAAAUUUGUGACCAUGACAAGAGCACCUGAUGAGCAUGAACAUGAAGCAUGAAGCCGCAUGGCUGCAUAAGAGCUAAAGCCAUGCCUGUGCGGAUUCGACUUCGUUUUGUUGUAUUUAUUUCUAGGUACGGGAAGGCACGGCACGGUCGACUUGGUCAAUAACAUGUUUACCCCCGACGGCGAUAGCCUCUUUGUCGCACACGGCCACCUGGAAUAUGCGCGUACGACUCCGAGUCAGAAGCACAACGACACCGGCGAAGAAAAGGCAAGGGGAAAGCGGGGGAGUUUUUUAGUGGCGAGACGAUGAUAAAGGUGUUGUCGUUGAGACAAAGAAAGCUCCACCGCAGUGUUUUUUGUUUUUCUCUAUCAGUGAGAGUGACUGCGCCAGGCAUCUUCUUGUUCGCGUGCGUGUAUUGUCAUUUCCAUUCCUGGUUGGUCAUCGAAUCAAAAUCGGUGACAACGCAAAUGAAAAGUGAAAUGCUAGCAGCUGCUUUACGCUCUAUUUGGAUUUUUAUUAUUCGAAACUUACAACGCAACUUUUUCAAUUUUAUUUUUUUUCAAUAUUUUACUACCAGAAGCGUCCUGUUUCGUGUGACGAAACGCACAGCAGCUGCGUACCACAUUGCAAAGAAGUGACCAGCAUCCUCAUACUUUUUACAGACGUCAAUGUCAAUGAGUUUCAUUUAUUUUUUUAUGUUUUGUCAUCAUUCUCAAUUCAACAUUAUCAUUAUACUUUUCGGCCGAGUGUUGUUGGAGUCGGACGGUCACAGUCAAAGAUGAGAUUCAUUUUCGGAGGUCUCCAGUAAGGAGAAGGGCAAGUUACGAAUAAAAAUAUGGCAAGCCACCUGUUCCCAAACGCACUUGCGAAAUGCUACUAAAAGCAGGAAUCGGAAUGACAAAUAUGAUUGGGUAAUAAUCUAUACAGUUAAUGUUGUCGCUGGUAAAGCGAAUUUAUUCCUGAAUGAAAUGAACUGGAGAAGUCGAUAUAUUUUUGGAUGCAUUAGCAUACAGCUUUUUCUGACAAACACGAGCCGCAAACCUUCUAAAAGUUGACAUGACCAUUGAACUGGAAGAUAUCAACGAUAUUAUGUUAGUUUUGGCAACUGCAGUAAAAGGAAAGCUCUUCUUGCCUUGUUUGCCAAUCAAUGAAGCGCAGGCACUGCACGAGACGUCAUGAAUGUUGGCCGUGUAAU